AUGCCGUUCAAAUUUCCAGCCUUUCUGAGCACAUACAGCUUCUGGGCUGCCUCGUCAAUAGCAAGCGCCGUCCUGCUCGUCCAAUUCACGCCACAAUACUCCCUUCGACAGUCCUACUCGUGGACCGCAUCCACGCUAUUCGCACUACAAUGGCUCGUCUACUUCCUCUACAGCGUAUUCAUCUACCCGCACUACACGAGCCCGAUGCGCCACCUCCCGACCGUCAAGGGCGGGAGCCCUGUCUUCGGCCACUGGGGCACCCUUCUGGCCGAACCGUCCGGAGUACCGCAGCGGCGGUGGGCCAACGAGAUGCCCAACGACGGACUGAUCCGGUACCUGCACCUAUGGAACCGUGAGCGCUUGGUGGUCACCAACCCGAAAGGCCUGGCCGAGGUGUUGACCACCAAGAGCUACGAGUUCGUCAAGCCAGACCUGCUCCGCGCGGGCAUCGGACGGGUCUUGGGCGUGGGCGUCCUCCUGGCCGAGGGUGACAACCACAAGACGCAGCGCAAGAAUUUGUCUCCUGCGUUCCACUUCCGGCACGUCAAGGAGCUGUACCCGAUCUUCUGGGCAAAGUCGCAGGAGAUGGUUCGUGCGAUUCAGCAGGAGGUGAAGAAACUGUCCUCCUCCUCUGUGUCCGCGGGUACUGACCCGACGACGACGCCACCGUCCCCUCCAGCCCUCGAGAUCGGCGAAUAUGGCAGCCGGGCGACACUGGACAUCAUCGGCGUGGCGGGCAUGGGCCAGGACUUCCACGCGCUCCAAGACCCGACGAACGAGCUCAACCGCGUCUACCGCGCCGUGUUCUCUCCCGACCGCACGGCGCAGAUUUUGGGCCUCCUGGGCUUCUUCCUGCCGGCGUGGUUCCUCAACGCCCUCCCCGUGGACCGCAACAGCCAGGUGCAAGCGGCGGCCACCGUGGCCAAGGACACGUGCCGGCGGCUGAUCGAGCAGAAGCGCCAACGCCUCGCCAACAAGGAGCCCAUGCAGCCGGACAUCAUCUCCGUGGCGCUCGAGUCCGGCGGGUUCACGGACGACGACCUCGUCAACAACAUGAUGACUUUCCUAGCCGCGGGCCACGAGACCACGGCUUCCGCGUUCCAGUGGGCGGUCUACCAGCUCUGUCGGAGCAAGGACAUCCAGACGCGUCUACGGGCCGAAGUUCACGAACACAUACAGAGUUUUGAUACUACUGAAAUCACCGCCGACAUCAUCGACAACAUGCCCUACCUGCACGCCGUCUGCCAGGAGACGCUGCGCCUGUGGGCCCCCGUGCCACUGACCCUGCGCGACGCGGCCCACGACACGACGCUUCUGGGGCAUUUCGUGCCGCAGGGCACCAAGAUCAUCCUGUCCCCCUGGGCCGUCAACCACAAUACCGCCCUGUGGGGCGCCGACGCCGGCGAGUUCAACCCGGACCGCUGGACCGCUCCCGGUCAGGCCAACGCGGGGGGCGCGGUCAGUAACUAUGCGUUCCUCACGUUCCUGCACGGCCCGCGCAGCUGCAUUGGCGCCAAGUUCGCGGUCGCCGAGUUCGCGUGUCUGCUGGCCGCGUUCGUCGGGAGCUGGGAAUUUGAGCUCGUCGAUCCGGAGAAGGAGAUCGAGGUCAAAGGUGGAGUGACCGCAAGGCCGAAGGGCGGUGUUCAUGUCUAUCUGAGGCCGGUGGAAAAGUGGGCGAGUUGA